UGAAAAUAAUAUAAUUUAACUCACGCAACAGGUUCGUUGGCAGAAUUAUUUCAGUGAAUAGACAAGUUAUGUCAGAAGCGACGGCUCGAAAUUUAAUUUAUCACGCAGACAAGUAGGGCCUGAAGAUAAUUUUGAUAGAAAAAUAAAUAACUAAAUGGGAUAAUUACUCUGAUAGUGUUAAUGCUAUUACACAUAAGAGAAUUAACAUAAAUUCGAUAUAGAUUUGAUUUUGUAAAUCAAAUGAAAAGAUUCGUUGACUGGAGAAUUUCACAUCGUACAGUUGACCGAAUGAAAACAAACGAUUGUAGCGCGUGGACGCGCAACUGAAACUAGUCCGGAAACACGUGUUAUCAUUGCAACCCCCAUCAUCAUCAUCAUCAUCAUCAUCAUUAUCAUUACUAAUAAUAUUAUUAUUAGCGAAUCAUAAUAAUUAUAAGUAUGAUUUAUGGAAGGUUAAUUGUAGUUACACUUGCCUUAGGCAUUUGUUAUUGUAACCCAGACGCUAAACGACUUUAUGAUGAUUUACUCUCUAACUAUAAUCGGUUAAUUCGCCCAGUAUCUAAUAAUACUGAUAUUGUUGUUGUAAAACUUGGUUUACGAUUAUCCCAAUUAAUUGAUCUUAAUUUAAAGGAUCAAAUAUUGACAACCAACGUUUGGCUCGACCAUGAAUGGCAAGACCACAAAUUCCGAUGGGACCCGUCCGAAUACGGUGGUAUGAAAGAACUUUAUGUCCCCAGUGAACAUAUUUGGCUGCCAGAUAUUGUUUUAUACAACAACGCUGAUGGUGAAUAUGGAAUAACAACAAUGACUAAAGCGGUAUUACAUUAUACUGGUAAAGUAUUAUGGACACCGCCAGCUAUUUUCAAAUCUUCAUGUGAAAUUGAUGUUAGAUAUUUUCCAUUUGAUCAACAAACUUGCUUUAUGAAAUUUGGAUCAUGGACUUACGACGGUCUUCAGAUUGACUUGAAACAUAUAAAUCAAAAAUCAGGAAAUAAUAACGUUGAAAUUGGAAUGGAUUUGCGUGAAUAUUAUCCAAGUGUUGAAUGGGACAUACUAGGUGUACCAGCGGAGCGUCAUGAAAAAUUUUAUCCGUGUUGUUUGGAACCCUUCCCUGAUAUAUUUUUCAAUAUAACAUUACGCCGGAAAACAUUAUUCUAUACAGUUAAUCUUAUAGUCCCCUGUGUCAGUAUAUCAUAUUUAUCAGUACUAGCAUUUUACUUGCCCGCAGAUUCGGGUGAAAAAAUAGCCCUCUGUAUUAACAUACUGUUAUCACAAACAAUGUUUUUUUUACUUAUAUCCGAAAUAAUACCUUCGACAUCAUUAGCGUUACCGUUGCUGGGAAAAUAUUUACUGUUUACUAUGGUGUUAGUUGGACUUUCGGUCGUGGUAACAAUUAUUAUACUUAAUGUCCAUUACCGUAAACCUAGUACUCAUAAAAUGGCACCCUGGGUUAGAACGGUAUUUAUUCGAAAACUUCCAAAAUUAUUAUUAAUGCGCGUACCGGAAAAUUUAUUGAAUGAGCUAGCGGCAAAUAAAAUUUAUGGACGUGGAAAAUCUGGUAAAAAAACUAAAUUUGAAGCUGCUAUUUCAGCUGCCAUGAGAUCACCUUCUGUUAUGUCAUCCCCUGAAUCUAUAAGACGUCGGGGUUGCAAUGGAUUACACCCGAGUUCUGGAAACAGAUUUAUUGGUCUAGAGGCGGGGAUGGUUGGUUAUAAUGGGCUCCCGACUGUCAUGUCCGGUUUGGAUGAGUCUAUGAGUGAUGUGGCACCAAAAAAAAAAUUUCCUUUCGAGUUGGAGAAAGCCAUUCACAAUGUCAUGUUCAUCCAACAUCACAUUCAACGUCAGGAUGAAUUUAAUGCGGAAGAUCAAGAUUGGGGAUUUGUUGCAAUGGUACUAGACCGAUUAUUCUUAUGGAUAUUUACAAUAGCAUCGAUCGCUGGUACAUUUGCCAUUUUAUGCGAAGCACCCUCACUUUACGACGAUACUAAACCUAUCGACAUGCAACUGUCGGCAAUCGCUCAACAGCAAUUUCCACCACGAAAUCCAUCUUUACUCAAAGGUAUAUUACCACAACGUACUGACUAAUUAUUUUUUAUUUAUAAAUUAAAUAAUCUUAUCAAUUUUAAAUAACUUUAGAAAAAUAUUAAUUCAUUAAU